GAAGUGGGCUUCCCAGCCCAUUUUAAAAUAUGGGAUGCUAGCUGGAGACUUCAUGCUUUCCACUAAUAUCCUGCUGUCGGGCAACAACUACGCCAAGAUCUCACUAUUGUUUAAGUUUAUGAACAUGGGGAUGGUGGAGAGGUCAACAUUCUUUAGGAUCCAGGACUCCUACUGUGUGGACACUAUAAAGGAGUUCUGGGAUGAGAAGAGAGCUGCAGUCAUCACCCAGCUCAAGUCAAAAGGGCCAGUUGUAGCAUUGGGAGAUGCUCGCAUGGAUAGUCCAGGAUUCUGUGCACAGUAUUGCACAUACAGUGUCAUGGACAAUGGAUCCAAACAGAUAAUAUGCAUGGUCAACAUCGACAAGCGUGAGACCAUGCGGAAUUCUGUUAUCAUGGAGAAGGAGGGCUUCAUGCGGGCAUUUGAUAAACUAUGUGAAGAACUCAACAUUGAAGAAUUCUGCACGGAUGCUCAUUCUCAGAUAUCAGCCCUCUUCAAUAACAAAGGGAAAUAUAAAGACUGCGGCGUACGACACACCCUGGACAUGUGGCAUGGGUCCAAAAGUUUGGGCAAAAGAAUUCAUGCGGCAGGACAGCAAAGGGGGUGCACCAUCCUUCAGAUGUGGAGUAAGGACAUCUGCAACCACUUCUGGUAUUGCUGCAAGACUGCAGAUACAUAUGAAGAUUUUUUUGACAUGUGGGCUGGACUACUUCACCAUGUGACAGGAGAACAUGCGUGGGCCCUUGGAGCCUGUCAGCAUGGUCCCUUGGUGGAGGACAGAGAGAAGGAGUGGAUCCAGAAGGGUUCUGUGGCACACCAGAGACUGACAGAAGUGGUGCUUGAUGCACGCUGGCUAAAGAGCAUACACAAAUAUCUACAUUUUAGGUCAACUGCAGAUUUGGAGUCAUUCCACAAUCAUAUUUUAAUGUAUGCAAGCAAACGCUUCUGCUUUUCGCCACCCGUGUACGCUGCUCGCGUCAUGCUGGCUGGCCUGGACCACAACCACCACGUUGACCGACCAGCAAAGAGAAGGGCUGAUGGCUCUAUUCAAUACGGUAAGGUGUACAAUAAAAAGUCCAGGAAGUGGAGCCUUUACACACUAAAGGUUGAAAAGGACUACAGUUACAUUGUGGACCUCCAAAGUGCGAUUCUGCAGCGCAGAAUGUCUGCUACUGGGGGUUUGCCACGGACUAGAAAAAAGAGGCCCGAUGAUCCCCGUCAACAUGGGGUUCUGUCAGGUGUCCCUGCCCCGUCAACACAGGAGCUUUUGCAGAAUCAACUCAGCAGAGGGCUAGGUAAAUCACUGCCAAAGGAGUAGAUCACCACAGCAGAAUACGCAUCAUGCAAAGCCUGACCUGUCAGCCAUCCAUGGACACUCAUUUU